AUGUCUAACGAAGAAAUCUUUCAAAAUUUUUACAGUAAUCCAUUUGUGGAUUAUGCUGCAACCUUUACUCAAGAUCAAGCCAAUGCAAAUUUACUAGACAUCCAUAAUGCUUCAUAUAUGGGAUGUUUCGAAAGUCACGCUUAUAAUCAUGGAUAUCCAAUGGAUUAUCUAUAUAAAGAAUGGUCUGCAGGCUUUAUCCAAGACUGUAACGAUCAAAGUAACGAGUUGAAAUGGAGUACAGGAAUUACUCAAGAAUAUGAGAAUAAAAUUCAUACAUCAGAUAAAAAAAAUGAAAAUCCAGAGUCACUUGUAUCUAGACCAUCAUGGCAGAAAUACAUUAAUAUUGGUGAUUAUUUCGAAGAUGAUUAUUAUGGGGUUAGUUGUAAGCAUUGCCCUUAUAAUUGGGCACAUGCAAAAUUACAAUUACUCAAGCAACAUUUGGCUUGUAAAUGUUCAAAUAUUCACAGGAAAUUAAAAAGAUUAAUAAGAUAG